AUGAACACCUUCUUCGUUUUAACAAUUGUUUUCUUUGUUUCAAGCGCUGAAAUGUGCUCCGACUCGGCUUCAAACUGCGCGAACUGGGUUGCCAAUGGGUUUUGCACCUCUACAUUCUACACUACCGCUCAGAAAACCCAAUACUGCGCAUCAACCUGCUCUUUGUGCUCUGAUUCUUCAGAUUCUAGCUCUUCAUCGUCCACUGCUUCUACAAGUUCUUCUUCGUCCACAGCUGCAACGUCCAGUGAUGAUUCUUCUUCAUCUUCUUCAUCAUCUUCCAGCUCCGCGUCUUCAACAUCUUCUUCAGACACAACAACAGCUGACAGUUCUUCUACUACAUCCUCUGAUUCUUCAACAACCUCUUCCAAUUCUUCAUCAUCCACUUCAUCCUCAGAUUCCACAUCUGUCGUAUCUUCUACAUCUUCCUCAACCACUACCACAUGUGUAGAUUCUUUUUCCACAUGUACUUCCUGGGCUGCUAAUGGAUUUUGCACUUCUUCCUUCUACACUACUGCUAUCAAAACUCAGUACUGUGCAGCUACCUGCUCUCUGUGCUCUUCUUCCAGUGACUCUUCUUCGUCGAGCUCUACCGCUUCUACAUCAUCUAGUUGCACAGAUUCAGCUUCAUCAUGCUCAUCUUGGGCGGCCAACGGCUUCUGCACUAACAGCUUCUACACAGAUGCUCAACGUGAACUCUACUGUGCUAAAACUUGCGGAUUAUGCUAA